UACCUUAUAAGUUAUCCAACAUACAACUUCAGCCUUUCAAUGAAGUCUGUUCCUAUGAUUGAAUGACGACCAGUCCGAGAUUUACAACGGACGAUUUCGAGUUGGAAAGCAUGGCACACAGGGCCAGCCUCAGCCGGGAUGGGGCAUCCGAACCCUUGAUCUCCCAUUCCCUUGAUCGCCCAGAAACCCCAGGUUCAACAAUAGAAGACGAAACACAAGAGAUAGAUGAAGCGGAUGAAAGUAAAUUGGUUCGACCAGGCCUCUUCAUAUGGGUCUUAACACUCUGUGCGGGCAUAUCCGGGCUCCUCUUUGGCUACGACACGGGGGUAAUAAGCUCGACGCUCGUCUCCAUAAACACAGACCUCAAUUCCCGACUGCUCACCACCUGGGACAAAAGCCUCAUCACGUCUUGCACGUCUCUCUUCGCUCUCUUCGCAUCCCCGCUUACAGGCGUCCUGGCCGAUUCCAUUGGCCGCAAGCGCGUGAUCCUCGCGGCAGACGCUCUCUUCAUCGUCGGCGCCCUGUGGCAGGCGCUCACCAGCUCCGUAUGGGGAAUGGUGGGUGGCCGCAGCGUCGUUGGCAUCGCUGUCGGGAGCGCGAGUUUUGUCGUUCCCCUCUACAUUGGAGAGGUUAGCCCAAGUCCCUUCCGUGGCCGUCUUGUCACUGUGAGCAGCUUGUUCAUCACCGGCGGCCAGGUCGUCGCGUAUAUCAUCGGAUGGUUGUUUUCAGAGAGGGCCGGGGGCUGGAGGUGGAUGGUGGGUCUUGGUGCAUUGCCUGCGGCGUUGCAGUUGGGGUUGUUGGUUUUGAUGCCGGAGACGCCGAGGUGGCUUGUCAAGGCUGGGUUAAAAGAAAGGGCCAGGAGGGUAUUGAAGAAGGUUUAUGGGGAGGGUGAUGGUAUGGAUAGUGUCGUCGAAGGGGUCCUGAAGAGAGUCGAGCGGGAGAUCAUGGAGGAAGAGGUUCAGGGUGGCGGGGUGGAACGAGAGGUGGAAGGUAGUCGCGAUGCAUCAAAAGCUGGGUGGAGGAAGAAAUUGGAUAGAGUUGGGGAUGGGUUUUCGUUGCUGGUCGAUAUUGGCGCAAAUCGACGUGCAUUGAUCAUUGCGUGCAUGUUGCAGGGGUUCCAGCAGUUGUGUGGUUUCAACUCUCUUAUGUACUUCUCGGCAACUAUUUUCUCACUCGUUGGGUUCCGCUCGCCUACCUUGACCUCCCUAUCUAUCGCCAUUACCAACUUCAUCUUCACGCUUGUCGCCUUUCACUAUAUUGACCGCAUUGGACGUCGACGAAUCCUCCUCUACUCCAUCCCAAUCAUGGUUCUUGGCCUCGUGCUAUGUUCCAUUGCGUUCAACUUUAUCACUCUCCCAGGCUCCCGUGCUUCUGAAGUCCAAGCCGCUGCACCCAACCAGAACUUGGCCUGGCCUUUGAUAAUCCUCCUUUCGAUGAUAUUGUAUGUAUCUGGUUACGCAAUCGGCCUUGGCAAUGUUCCCUGGCAACAAGGCGAGCUGUUCCCGCUCUCCGUGCGCUCAUUGGGCUCUGGCAUAGCAACAGCAACGAAUUGGGGAUCGAACUUUAUCAUAGGGAUCUCUUUCUUGCCCAUGAUGGAGCUUAUCACUCCCGUUGGAACUUUCGCGGCUUAUGCCGGUGUCUGUUUGCUUUCUUGGUGGACGAUAUGGAAGAUCUACCCAGAGACCGCAGGACUCAGCUUGGAGGGCGUCAAUGGGUUAUUGAAAGAUGGAUGGGGCGUCCAAGAAAGUAUUCGUCGCAGAGAACAUUGAUCAAUUUGAGCCACCUAUAUUAAAAUAGAGUCAGACUAGGAGAUAUAGAAAGUAUCCACCAGAGCACAUUAGAUCCUCGUC